AUGGACCCAAAUCCAACUGGAAAAAUUCCUAAUGUAGUCAAUGAAGCGACAUCUGAACCAACACCUUCAUCAGAUGCAGAAAAGAUACGUUUAAAAAGAUUAGCAAAAUUACAACAACAAUUCAACAGUGAAUCUUCAUCUUCAUCUGCCAGUAAUAACGCAGCAUCGAAUGCUAUAGUUUUUCCUAAAUCAAAUGCUGAACAAAAAAACGUAUCUGCAACUACACAAAUAACAGCACCAAAACCAACCACUAUUACCAAUACUACUAAUGUACCACCAUCAUCAUCAAAGAUUAAUAUAACUCGGGAAACUACGAUACCGGCAACGUACUUGCAAAAAACUCAACAACCAGUUAGAUCUUUUGAAGAUUGGCAAAAUGAUGCCAUCUCCAAAGUACUGCAAAUCACCCUUGAUAAAUCGGUAGCCGAAAAAAAUCCAAGUCAAAUAAUCUAUCUUAAUUCUCUCGUGAAAGAAUUAAAGAAGGAAAACCCUGAAGUAACCUCUUUCAAACUUAAUAGAUCUAAUCUUGAAAAUGCACUAUAUACUCGACUAUCUAUUGAUCCUAACGAGAUGACUGACGAUGAUGAAACUUUAGUUGCGAUUUCAAAUCUGAGUGAUAAAUCUUCGUUCGAUUAUCUUUUAGAUUGUUGGAAGAGAACUUCUGAAAUCAAAAGAAGUAUAAUGAAUCGUUCUUCAAAGAAUUUAGAACAAUCUGUUGUCAAUGAACGAAUAAAAUUUAUAGAUGAUGUUAAAGAUUUAAUUGUAAAUUAUGCUGUUUUAGCUAUUACAUAUCCGGAAACAUUUUCAUCGAGUCAAAAUUCGGAUCAGUGUGAGGGUCCUAAACAACUUAUCCCAAGGUUUCUAGCAGAUUUCGAAUCCAAUGAAGGAAUGCCACGGGAAUUUGUUCAAGAGUUCGCAUUAAAAGUUGAAAACGACAGUUUUGUAGAAGUAUUUGCACCAACUCUGAUAGCUAUUUCAGAACAAAUGCGUAUAAAAGAUCUACUAAAUGACUAUUUGCCUCUUUUGAACGUAUUUGCUAACUUAACGGAUAUUAAACCUAUAGCUGCAAGACUCUUCUUGUUGCCAAGUUGGAACCCACAUUACUCAACACCUAGAUCCUUUGAAUUAGAAUCACUUCUAGGUCCAUUUUGUCGUAUAUCUGUUUUUCCGAUGGAUAAGCCUAAAAUUGCAGAAAAUUAUUUUGGUAAUCUUGAGCGUGUUCGUCAGUCAGAUAUUGAUUAUGGGAUAGAAAAUUUGAGAAUUGCUAUGCAAAACAUACAGAAAAUAAUUUUCAGAGUAUUUAAUAAUGUCAUUCGUUCUGAUGCAUCAGCACGUGAAGCUGCUCUGGAGUAUUUUGGCAAAGCUAUUAAAUUGAAUGAAAAAAGGGCGCAAAUGCAGGUUGAUCCAUUACAAGUGGGAACUGAUGGAUUUUUGGUUAAUUUAACUAAUGUUUUAUUAGAUUUUGCCGAUCCUUUUAUGGAUGCUCAAUAUUCAAAGAUCGACCGUAUUGACAUUGAUUAUUUUCGUAAAUCCAAACGAAUUGAUAUCAGUCAAGCGACUAAAAUCAAUGCAAAUCAACAAGAUUCUGAAUCAUAUUAUUCUUCUUCACUUGAAAAUACUAAUGCGCCAAAUUUUAUUUCGGAAAUAUUCUUUUUAACGAUAGCAAUACAUCAUUAUGGACCUUUGCAUUGUUUUGAAAAAUAUAACAAUUUAAUUAGAGAUCUUUCAGAACUUCAAAAACAAUAUGAUAGAAUGAAAGCCGAGCAAGCUAACUGGAUUGGUACACCAGCUGCCUUAUUAAACGAAGGACUUUUGAAACGUUGCAAAGAACAACUUGAGGAAUGGGCUUCUCAUAAAUUUGUUUAUGAUUCACAAUUAUUGAAUUCUUUUGCCUUAUCACAUUCUUUCCAAUUUUAUAAUUUGGUAAUGAAUUGGGUAUUAAGGAUUGUGGAUCCCGAAAAAAAGCAUCCACAAAAACAAAUACAGCUGCCAUUACCACCAAAUCCACCAGAAAAAUUCACAAUGUUACCUGAAUAUAUUAUUGAGGAUAUAACAGAAUUUUUCCUAUUUGUUUCAAAAUAUAAUACAAGAAUUUUUCUAAGUAACUCAUGUGACGAAAUUUUGAUUUUCAUUAUCACAUUUCUUAAAUCUCCAUCUUACAUAAAGAAUCCAUAUUUAAAGGCUAAGUUUAUAGAUAUUUUAUACUUUUCUACAUUGAGGAGUGAACGAGAAGGUAGUUUUGAAGCUCUGUUAAAUACACAUCCAAUUUCAUUAAAUCAUUUGAUGGCAGCUUUGAUGCAAUUUUAUGUUGAGGUUGAACAAACUGGAGCACACACGCAGUUUUAUGAUAAAUUCAAUAUUCGAUAUAAUAUUUCACAAAUAUUUAAAACGAUAUGGAAAAAUAAUUUACACAAAGAAAAAUUAAAGGAGGAGAGUAGGAAAACAGAAUCAUUUGUUCGAUUUGUUAAUUUAUUAAUGAAUGAUGCAACAUUUUUAUUGGACGAAAGCUUGAAAAAAUUAAUUGAAAUUCAUGAAAUACAAAUUGAAAUGGAUAAUAAGGAACAGUGGGAUAGUCAACCUCAGAAUCGACGUCAAGAACGUGAGGCAUUGCUUAAAUCUUUGGAAAGACAAGCCACAUCAUAUAUGGGACUUGGCAAUGAGACAGUUCAUAUGCUUAAAUAUAUGACAUCAGAAGUGGUUGAACCAUUUCUUACACCAGAAAUAGUUGACAGAUUAGCUGCAAUGUUGGAUUAUAAUAUAGUGUGUUUAGUAGGACCUCGUUGCAUUGAUCUCAAAGUUAAAGAUCCAGAUAAAUACAGAUUCCAACCGAAAAAAUUAUUAUCGAGGAUAUUAACAGUUUUUUUGAAUCUGUGUAAACAUAGCGAAUUUAUAUAUGCUGUAGCCAGAGACGGCAGAAGUUAUAAGAAAGAAAUGUUUUCCAAAGCUGCAGGUAUUAUGAAUAAAUUUGGUAUGAAAUCUGAUACUGAUAUUAAGAAAUUGGAAAAAUUUGUAAACGAAGUUGAGGAGGUUAUCAGGGAAGAAGCUGCUGAUGAAAAGGAAUUGGGUGAUAUUCCAGAUGAAUUUAUGGAUCCGAUUAUGUGUCAAAUUAUGAAAGAUCCAGUGACUUUACCAGAAUCAAAGCAAAUAGUUGACAGAAGUACCAUCACGACUCAUCUUUUAAGCGAUCCAACUGACCCAUUUAAUCGCAGGCCAUUGAAAAUUGAACAAGUUAUACCAAAUACAGAAUUAAAGGAAAGGAUUAACGCCUUUAUAAAUGAAAGCAAAAGGCAAAAAAAAUAA